GCGCGGCGGCGGCGGCGCUCCCGGGGCGGGCGGCGGGCGGGCGAUGGCGGCGCAGUUCCGCAGCUACGUGUGGGACCCCGCGCUGAUCGUGGCGCAGAUGGUGCUGCUGCAGGCGGGAUACUACAGCUCGCUCGGGCUCUGGCUGGCCCUCCUCGGCACCCUGGGCAGCACCGGGCCCUCCCUCCAGCAGGUCUUCAGCGACGAGAUUUUAGGCUUCUCAACCCCGCCGGGGAGGCUCUCCAUGAUGGCUUUCAUCCUCAAUGCACUCACCUGCGCUCUGGGCUUGCUGUACUUCAUCCGGCGGGGCAAGCAGUGCCUGGAUUUCACCGUCACCGUCCACUUCUUCCACCUGCUGGGCUGCUGGAUCUACAACUCGCGCUUCCCGGCGGCGCUGACGUGGUGGCUGGUGCACAUCGUGUGCACGGCGCUGAUGGCGGCCAUCGGGGAGUACCUGUGCAUGAGGAUAGAGCUGCGGGAGAUCCCCCUCAACUCCGCCCCCAAAUCCAACGUGUAGACUGGCUCUGCCUUCUGUCAUUGUUCCCAGCACAAUGCAUCCAAUGCCUCAGAAUCAUCCCUCAAGAAGCACAGCAGGUCUGUUUAGACUUUAUGAUUUUAUUGGGUUUUUUUUUUCUUUUGGACCUCGGUGACUGCAUGAGUGUGAGCGUCUCCUCUGGCAUCAGCUGACAGCGGGGGAGGAGCAGAUGUUUAUUUUGUUAACACAAAGUGUUAAUAAGACUGUAUGGAGAGUGUGCACCCUUAAACUCUUCACUUGUGGGACUGUUAAAAGCCAGGUGGCAAAACGUGAUGUGUGAGGAGCGUUUGGAAUUUAACGAUGUGGAAGUGCCCUGAAUGGGCAGCACAAUGGUCAGCUCUUCUUGCUGGAGCUGGCACGGUGAGCAGUGGGGCUGGGAGCUGCUGCUUCCAAUCUGUGACUUGUUUGGGCUUUGCUUGGGAAAAGAGUCAAAGAAGUGAAUGGAUGGGGAGAAAGAAAAUAAUUGUACUUACCUGAAUCACCAGCUGAGACACUAAAUAACCUGUAACGUUAGAUGGGUUUGUUUGCCGUUUCCAUGUUUGAUACAUUGAGGUGACAGACAGCAGUUUGCUGAAGAAAUCUUUUGUAAUAAUAAAAAUAUAAUGUUGCUGUGAGUGUUACGGCUCUCCUGGGAAGGUGAGCACCUCAAGAAACACCACGAGUGUCUGUAUCAUGGCAACAGAAGGACACAGCCAGGGAACACUUGGCUGCGAGGUGCCCACUGCCUGGGGCACAUAAAAUUUCCUACAAUAAACAUUUCAUACCUCUGCUCUGAAAGGAAA